UUAUGCUGCGUCUGGAACGUGGGUAACCACUUGCAGUGAUAGUCUACUACUUGAAGCACUGUCUCGUGAAGUGAGAGUGGGGCAUAAGAAGUUCAUGGCAUGACGAUAACGUCGGAUAGCAGUUCGGUAAUGUAGAAUAAAUUCAUACCUCGACAUUUCUGUGAUUUACUACUACGAACAACGUCGCGGUUACGUCUGGUGUAAGAUUUGUAGCAUGCCACGAAGGCAGCUAACCACUAAGUUGAGAAGAAAUUUGAACUUAAGACCCAAUAGUCACCCAGUCAAUGAGAUAGUUUCAAGUCCUUCACCUUUUUGAGGAUGUUUAGGUGUUUCAGGAACCUACGGGGCAGUAAGAGGGUCCUGGUGUUCGUGUUCGUAGCUUCUGUCAUUUGGCUGAUAGUGGACAUAGCUGUCCUCCGUGUCUCCAUCGGCGACGUCAACAAUCGGCUUGCGAAGGAAAGAGCGUUCCGGGAUCUGAGGCGGGCCAUUGAGAAGGGAAUAAACAUGAACAAAGGUAAAGACAUGAAGAAUGGCACUCAAAAAAACACGGCGAAACACUCGGAGGAAGACGAAGACUAUGAGGAAGACGAAGACUCGGAGGAAGACACGGACGGUUUGAUUGAUAAACCUGUUAGACGUUUCAGAGUGCAUACGAAAAAGGAGCAUGUAAUUGAGAAGAACAACAUUCAAGGAGAUAAGAUUGACAUUAAACUACCUGCCGUUGCUGGAAAAGUACCUGUGGAUUUGCUUGACAGUGAUGCAUCACUAUUAAAAAAUAACACCAUAAAGAAAGACUCCAUUGCACUAAUCAAACCUGUGAAAACUCCAAAUUCAAGCAUUAAAGGAUUUAAUAAACCCCAGCCUGCGAAGGAAGAACUUUCCAUGAAGGAGGAGAAACAAAUUGAAAAACUUCUCAUUCAAGAAAAAAACAAAAAAUCUUUAGAGAAGGAGCAGAAAGAAACUGAAAAACUUCUCAUCCAAGAAACAAACAAAAAAUCUUUAUUGAAGGAGGAAAAACAAACUGAAAAACUUCUCAUUCAAGAAACAAACAAAAAAUCAUUAGAGAAGGAAGAGAAACAAAUUGAAAAACUUCUCAUUCAAGAAACAAACAAAAAAUUUUUAGUGAAGGAGGAGAAACCAAUUGGAGAGAAGUUGAAGCAAUCAGAAACAGUCCAUGUGAAUAAGGCAGGGGUUCACCAGGUUCUUUCACUCGACGUGACCGCUGCCCCAAGAGAUCCCGGCGCCGUCGGCCAGUUCGGCCAGGCGGCGAUAGUUUCCACUGAGGAAGAGGCGCAAGUAAAGCUGAGGUGGGAUGAGGGCCAUUUUAACGUCUACUUGAGCGAAAAGAUCCCAGUGGACCGCGCCAUUCCCGACACUAGGCCUCAGACCUGCACUCGAGACAUGGUCCACGAUGACCUGCCGUCCACCAGUGUGAUCUUCUGCUUCGUGGACGAAGUGUGGUCCACCCUGCUGCGCUCUGUUCACAGCGUCCUCAAUCGAUCGCCACCGCACCUCCUCAAAGAGAUCAUCCUUGUGGAUGACUUCAGCCAAAAAGACUACCUAAAAGAUGAUCUUGACAAGUACAUGGCUAACUUCCCAAAAGUCCGAAUCCUUCGCUUGAAGGAGCGUCAAGGUCUUAUCAGGGCACGGAUGGUUGGAGCAGCUGCUGCUAAAGGUGAGGUCCUCACCUUCCUUGACUCGCACGUUGAAUGCAACGUUGGCUGGCUGGAGCCUCUGCUGGAACGCAUUUACCUGAACCGCAAGAUGGUGCCCUGUCCGGUCAUUGAAGUCAUCAGCGACCAGGACAUGAGUUAUAAGCUGGUUGACAAUUUCCAGAGAGGUGUUUUCAACUGGCCUCUAGUGUUCGCCUGGAACGCCCUCUCAGACGACUACGUGAAGAAGAACAAUAUGACUGUGGCCGAUCCUAUCAGAUGUCCCGUAAUGGCUGGAGGCCUUUUCUCCAUUGAUAAAAAAUACUUCUAUGAACUUGGCGCCUAUGAUCCAGGACUGGAAGUUUGGGGUGGGGAGAACAUGGAGAUUUCCUUCAAGAUUUGGAUGUGCGGGGGCGAAAUCGAGAUCAUCCCCUGCUCCCGAGUGGGACACAUUUUCCGUGGACAGAACCCGUACGAUUUUCCCAAUGACCGGCACAAGACGGUGGAGCGCAACUUGGCCAGGGUGGCCGAAGUUUGGCUAGACGAGUACAAGGAUCUUUUUUACGGCCAUGGCUACAAUCAUCUGCUGAACCAAAAUACAAACUUGGGCGACCUAACUGAGCAGAUCAAGCUGAGGAAUAAGCUUAAAUGCAAGAGCUUCAAGUGGUACCUGGACAACGUGUAUCCAGAGUUAGAGGCUCCAUUAGUUAAAGCCGAGGGCCUGGUCCUCAAUCGGGGCUUAAGAAAAUGUCUUUCUGUGCUGAAUGAAAGUCUGGUCUUUGAGUUGUGUGAUCUCACCAAGCAGAAUCAGCACUUUAACUACACUUGGUUGUUGCACAUCCGCCAGCAGGAUAUGUGUGUCGAAUAUAAUAUAGCUACAAACACCAUCCAUUUACAGCCAUGUGACCGCUCCCUCGUCACACUACACUGGCUCCACAAGUCCUCCGAGUUAAAACAGCCUGAUCUAUUAACUGUCGAACACACCUCCAAACUAGUGUGCCUGGAAGUACAUCAGAAAACUAAACGGCUUCAUCUCGCCGCCUGUACCAAAGGUAACCUCUUCCAGCAGUGGGAAUUCACAAACUACUACACUAAAUAACGUGUACUGGUGGUAAACGUGCACUAGAACUUGCCUUCAGCAAAGCCGUUUGAGAUUUUAUUUACGUUUCAUUGAGUGGAAUCCUUGCAGCUCACACUACACACUUUCCAAGAAGGGUUGGUAAAUUUGUUUUCAACAUGUUGUAAAAAGAACUUACUGACCACUUUUUGACAUACAAGGUUUCCGCCCAAUGAAUAUGAUACCCUUGAUAUCCAUCUUCAGGUCCAUCUUACAGAACAUUCUUUGUCCAAUUGAAUAUUUACGGUAAUCAGAAAAUUGGCUGUCAUACUACCGUACUAAUCAUAUUUUUCUCUUUACUUGUGCCACUUGUGUCCUAGCUAGUAUAAAAUUAAACAAGUAAACUAUUAUGCUGUACUAGUGAGACUACUUGGUGUAAUAGGCCCCAUUAAUAGGUUCCUGGACCUGACUAGUACCAUCAAAAUGCCUCCUACUUGUUCAACUUAACUAACAACAUGCAUUUUGUCCUACUUGUGUGCAGAAAUAUCAGACAGUAGUGGGGAAAAAGAUUACUUAUAAGGCAAAGUUGUUCUAGUAGUGUGCCCUAGUUCUCCUACUACUAUGCUCAAUUGUUUACAAGUGCGAUCGAAUGGUGUACUAUUAGCACAAGGGACUAAAGAUGGAUUGUGAGUGAGUGAGUGAUGUAAAGCAGGGACUGGAAAUGUGCAAUGUUUUCAUGACCUUUUAUACAAAUUUUAUGACUCCAUUGUUGCCAUUGUUUCAUUACACUUACACCCCAAAGUGCCUGAGUGGGACAGUUUUACAUGUUUCUAUAAGCUCCAUUGGUUAUGUACACACUGAAAAUUUACUAUGCACCCGGUUUGCAUCCUGUGAAUAUUUCGGACUAAAUAAUGAUAAUUGCACACUAGAUGUUUAGAAUGUUUGGUAAGAGCCAUGAUGACAUUUUUUUAAAACGUGGUUUACUUGAAACUUAUUUUCAAUGCUGCUUCAUAGUGGUGAAUGUGGUCUCUUUUUACAAAUGUGUUUCUGUCACUAGAGGGAGGUGUUUGCCUGACACAAUAAGAAAAAAAAAGUUCUCUUAACUGCAAUCGCUAACAGGUGGGGAAAAAGAGGGAAUGUUUUGAAAAUUGUACAAAUAAAAUGACCAGAGAUGAAGAUUAAAUAGCAGUUAUGUAUUUAUUUCACAUUUGCAGCAUCUCCUAUUUAGUGUUCAUGCAAAUGUAUGAGUCCAUGAAGCAAGUGUUUCCUAAAUGCAUCUUGGGUGUUGAGCCCACCUGGUGACAGGGUACAAAAAAAUAUUUUUAUUGGCAAUCUGUACCCACAGGUUGGUAAUCUGUACACAUAGA